AUGACGAAUCAAUCUCCGAAACCAGACAGCAAAGGCGAGAGCUCGGGACUGGAUCCUGCGACAACACUAGUCGAUGAUGCAUCGACACCCAUUGCACCUUCAGGCUUGAAUGCACAGCCAGAGCACGAGAGUCGCGAGGCUGUCAAACGCGACAAUAGUGCGGACCAGGGGAGUUCGGAGACAGAGCCGCGUGCUCAAGAAGCGCAUCCGCCUAUGACAAGCCCAACACCGUCCGUCAGACAUGUAGCUCGUGCUGCGACACACAACCCGGACGAACGUGACGGUGAAGAAGCUGUACGAACAGACGACGGAGCUCGCGCCCAUACAAACGCAGUUACGAUAUCGUUGGCGACUCUGGAGACCCUCCUGGGCCAUAUCUUCGAGGGCAAGAGUGUCAGACUACCACAGCCGCAACUAGUCUGUGCUCAUCGUGGCCAAAUGGCCCUUAGCAAGCGACUCGGUUGUGACUUCACACUCGUCGUAGAUGAAGUUGCGUUCGACGUGAACUCGGGCUUCCUUAUUGCAGGCUCGGAAGUGCUAGAAGGAUAUGCUUUUCCUAGCGGUCGUACACUUAAUACUCUUAAUAGGGAGUGCGAGUUCAACGCACAAGUACACAGUCCCACGAUGGUCGACCGCCUCGUCGAAUUCAUAUACACUGGAACCUACAAACUGGAUAAGGGCGGACGAGCGACGAUGCUACACCAUGCGACAAAGCUACCCAUCGGCAAGACCAAGGCGAGCUAUCCCAUGAAACUAGAGGCUGCGGCGGAAUUUCAUCUGGAGAUGUACAAAAUGGGCAAAGACCUCCGAUAUGAUUCCUUGGUAGCCGUCGCGCAUAGCAAGAUGGCAGAGGACAUGUUGUGGAAGAGCACCGUCGACGUGGGAAUUGCGAAAAGCCUCGUAAGCUGGAUAUACGGCUCAGCUCAGAGGCUACAUGAUACAUCUGAAGAAACGAACGAUACGCUCGGGGACGAAAACCUGAAGGAACUAGUCGUAGCGUGUAUCCUGCGGCACGUUCAUCAGAAGCUCUGGGAUGAGGAGGAGGUAGAAGGGUUCAAGCACCAUGUUCAGGCAUACCCUGCUCUGGAGGUAGAUUGGGACCUUGCCGAAGAGGAGUACAAAGAGCUGCUGAGGAAGCGACCCGAAGCUAAGAGAGGGGCGAAGAGGGCGAGACGCGAACAGCAACAUCAGCAGGAGGUUGCGAGUAUGCUUCAGCUCUUAGAAGGUCCUACUCUUUUGUAG